GGCGGGAGAGCGGCGGGGCGGCUCGGCACAAGGGCACGCCCGGCGGCACGCCCGGCGCUCCGGCCGAGCUGACGCGGGGAGGAGGCUCCGGCAGCGCCGCCGUGUCCAUGGACUAGCCGAGGCAGCGGAGGGACCUACGCCGACCGCCGCCUCGCCCUCCGCCCAGCUCGGCGAAACUUAGCGAGCAGGCUGCUGCCCCGAGGCUGUGCCAUAGAAGAUGCACUAUUACCGAUAUUCUAACGCAGAAGUCAGCUGUUGGUACAAAUACUUGCUCUUCAGCUACAACAUUGUCUUUUGGCUAGCUGGAGUGGCCUUCCUUGCAGCUGGUCUGUGGGCAUGGAGUGAAAAGGGUGUAUUGUCUGAUCUGACAAAGGUGACUGGUCUUCAUGGUCUGGACCCAGUGGUGCUUGUCUUAGUGGUGGGAAUAGUGAUGUUUACUUUGGGAUUUGCUGGUUGUGUGGGAGCACUGAGAGAAAACAUCUGCCUGCUGAAGUUUUUCUGUGGAACAAUUGUGUUUAUAUUCCUGUUGGAGCUGGCAGUAGCAGUUAUGGCUUUCCUGUUCCAGGACUGGGUGAGGGACAGGGUAAAAGAAUUCUUUGAGAAUAACAUUAAAUCCUACAGAGAUGACAUUGACCUCCAGAACAUCAUUGAUUCGCUACAGAGAAUUAACCAUUGCUGUGGUGCCCAAGGUCCAGAAGACUGGGACUUCAACAUAUACUUUGACUGCAAGAGUGAAAGCAAAAGUCGUGAGAAGUGUGGAGUUCCUUUUUCCUGUUGUAUACCUGAUCCUGCUCAAAAAGUUGUGAAUACACAGUGUGGCUAUGACAUCAGAAAGAAGAGCAAAAGUCAGUGGGAUGAUCAGAUUUUUGUCAAAGGAUGUAUCCAUGCACUUGAAGCUUGGUUACCCCGAAAUAUCUACAUUGUUGCAGGUGUCUUCAUAGCUAUCUCACUGCUCCAGAUUUUUGGGAUUUUCCUAGCCAGGACAUUGAUUUCUGAUAUUGAAGCUGUAAAAGCAAGUAAUGCCUUCUGAAUAUGAAAGCAGACCCAUGUUGCAAGACAGUGUAUGUUAACAUUAUUGAUUGGACACCAAGGCAGAAGAAAAGCAUGGACUGUGAAAUACUCCUGUUGUUAAAAGCCUUACGUGGAUUUUUUUUUAAUCCUGUUCAUGGUUUCUGUUAGAAGCUGUUACAAAAAACAAUCACCAAACACACCCUGUCUACCUUUUUUCUAACAAGACAACUCAGCGCACCAGCGUUGAUCUCUGAGGAAGAAAUGGAAUUUCCCAAGACAUUGGGAGAACAGAUUUUAGAGACUGCAGCAGGGAGCCAUGAAACUGCUGUCAACCCUUUCCUUGAAGGAUUGCUAAGAAGAUUGUUCUGUCUUCACUCCUGUCUUGUCUUAAAAUGUAAUCUUUUCAAAUGUCUCAUGCUGAUUUCUUCAGAACCUUGCAAUCAUAUUAAUCUCUCCAGUAGACUUUUCCAGUUGUUUUUGGCAACAUAUCCAGUAACAAUAAUUGGAAAUUGGGAAAACAAUCACAAAAUGUCUAGACCUUCAGUUGAUUUUACGUUGUGCAAACCCCAUACUGUUUUGAAAAAUGCAAGCCGGCUCCUGAGAUGAGAAAAACCGGACUAUCUGUAGCAUUAAGUCUUACAAAUCUCCAUUUCAGGCAAGAGGGUGUAAAGCCCUGAUGCUGUUUCCUGUCUGAGAAAAAUGUAAAUAUUCUUUAUUUAUAGAAGAAAAACCUCUUUAAAAAUGCUUAUCCUUUCAAUGAUCAGUAAUAUCUUUAAAGAGUGCUGUCUGCAUACACUUCAGAAUGCUGCUUGUUUCAUUAGGCAGCAAGCAUGCUGUGCUAGCUGUUGAUGGCUUUUGUUAUUCCUCUAGUUUCUCUCACAACUAUGUUGAUCUUCACAAGUCUUAACUGCCGCUACUAGGACUGAUGAAAUACUUACAAAUUCAGUGUUAAUCCUUACUGAAAUAUGGUUUUAAAUAAGGAAGUACAGAUUUAGCAAAAUAUUAAAAUUGUUGAAUUUUAAA